AGAGUCUUCUCCUCGGAUCAUGAAACUACAGGAAAAUGAAAUGAAGCUCGCCGUUUUAGCUACCUACAUCUGUGUCUAAAUUACGUUUCGUCGUCUGUCAUUUUUGGUAGAAACACAUGAUCACGGCAUUACUUUACCGGUACCCGAAUGUUCACUGGUUGACUUAGUAGACCAAGUAAAAUGGUUCAUGUUGCGAGUUAAACUCAUUCGGUUAGCUGUCUAGAUUAGCUGGAAUGAGGAUGUGAAGUUAUGUUCUAAACAGGCCGAAAAUGACUCGACGCCACUAUGCCAGCGAAGAGUAUUAAAGACACAACAAUGAUGAAAGCCGUGGGAAGGGCGAAGGUGUCCCAUGCAGUGGUGGUCAUAUUUCUGGAGUUUUUUGCGUGGGGGCUCCUGACCACACCCAUGCUGACAGUUCUCCAUGAGACCUUCCCGUCACACACCUUUCUCAUGAAUGGACUCAUACAGGGAGUAAAGGGUCUGUUGUCCUUCAUGAGUGCCCCUCUAAUCGGUGCUCUUUCGGAUGUGUGGGGAAGGAAGUCGUUCCUCCUGUUGACUGUCUUCUUCACCUGCGCGCCCAUCCCUCUGAUGCGCAUCAGCCCCAGGUGGUAUUUUGCACUUAUCUCCCUGUCGGGACUCUUCUCCGUCACAUUCUCUGUGAUCUUUGCAUACGUAGCCGACAUUACGGAGGAACACGAGAGGAGCACAGCAUAUGGCCUGGUGUCUGCGACGUUUGCAGCGAGCCUGGUAACGAGUCCGGCCAUCGGAGCGUAUCUCUCGUACACGUAUGGAGAUAGCCUGGUGGUCCUCGUAGCGACGAUCAUCGCUGUCCUGGACAUCUGCUUCAUCUUACUGGUGGUGCCCGAGUCACUGCCCGACAAGAUGCGCCUCUCAUCCCUCGGGUUCCCCAUCUCCUGGGAGCAAGCCGACCCCUUCGCUUCCUUGAGGAAGGUGGGCAAGGAUACGACAGUGCUGCUCAUCUGUGUGACUGUGUUCCUGUCAUACCUCCCAGAGGCGGGACAGUACUCCAGUUUCUUUCUCUACCUGAGACAGGUCAUUCAUUUUAACUCUGCAACAAUUGCUGCCUUCAUAGCCAUGGUGGGGAUCUUGUCCAUCAUAGCUCAGACUUUGCUCCUGAGUCUCCUGAUGCGGACGAUUGGGAAUAAGAACACUGUUCUGUUGGGCCUGUUCUUCCAAAUGCUCCAGCUGGCCUGGUAUGGCUUUGGAUCAGAACCAUGGAUGAUGUGGGCAGCUGGAACAGUGGCUGCCUUGUCCAGCAUCUCCUUUCCAGCAGUGAGUGCUCUGGUCUCCCACUGCACGGAUCAGGCGCAGCAAGGUGCUGUCCAGGGCAUGAUCACAGGUAUUCGUGGGCUGUGCAAUGGCCUUGGCCCCGCCCUCUAUGGCAUCAUCUUCUUCCUGUUUAAUGUGGAGCUCAACGAGCUGGACCCCAAUGAUAGCAGCAUACCCAAAGACCCAAAGACAGAGCCUACGAUUCCAGGCCCCCCGUUUCUGUUUGGAGCAUGCUCUGUUGUGCUGGCGUUGCUGGUGGCCGUGUUCAUCCCGCAGCAGCCGCGUGUGGCUGUGAAGACAUGCUCAAGCACCUCCAACGCCGCCAGCCUGCAGUGCCACGUCACCACCACGCCCAGCGAUGACGACAUCGAGCCCCUCCUCCAGGACAGUAGCAUGUGACGUUGCUAUGCAGAUCCACCAACCACCCGUUUGGUUUUAAACCAACCACCCCUGCAGGAUUUCAUUGGACUGGAUGCACAUCAGCAGACCAGGCUUCAUGGGGUUUGGACGUUUUUUUGUUUGUUUUAUUUUUUCCUCUAAUUAAAUUUAUCUGUUUCAAAACUGUUGUAAAAAUGACUGUUUAUACAUUGCAUACGAUUAAUAUAUUGGUAUUAUCGUCGAGCGCUUUUAGAGGGAAAAUGUACAAGGGGUUAAUUCUUUCAAAGCACCUCAUUAGGGAGAUGAUUGAACAAGCAUUGAGAAGAGUUGGUGGUUUGUUCCCUUUCAUCAGAAUACGUGCCUUUUUAUGAUGUUUUAAUUUUUAUUUCGAGGUUGUCCUGUGACAUUUCCUUUACUUUAUCCACAUCUUAUACUGCACUUUCUGUGCCUACUAUGUCCAGGUCUAUGUUAGAUGUUUUCAAACAGUGUAGCACUCUGCACUUGGAUCACCCCGUAUCCUAACUGCAAGCAACUGUGAAAAUGACAUUGCGCUGAACAAUUUAUGGUUACAUUUAAACUGUGUGUGUACCCUGUUAUGUCACAUACAUACUAAUAGUGUGCCUAGCAGAUGUCCAUAUUGCUUUGAAGCAUUAUGUUACGAUAAUGUGCGACAGCUGGACAAUCCCAUCGAAAAAUGAUGAUGUUACUGCUCAAUGUGUUGCUUGCUGGUAGGAUACAGUGAAGCUCUAGAGUAGAUCUGUUUUUUCCAGCUAGAUAUUGUGGUGUGGAGCGUAAAGUCAGCCCACCUGAACCUUAUAGAGCUGAGCUUAAGUACGGUAGUUCCAAACAUAUGCACUCUUUCCACAAUGCAAAAACAAAAUCAGGAUCAUUGCAAUGGCAGUCAGAACAUAUCCUCAAUUGUGGUGUAGCGCAUGGUGUAGUUUUAUUCUGAAAAAUAACAACACCAUGCAUCAACUUUUUUUUAUUACACAAUGUAAUUAUUGACGGUUUUUCGUUUUGUUGUACGCUAUUUUGGUCAGCACCCUGAAAAAAGAGAGAACUGUUUGCUCCAAUCUUUAUGAUGGUUUUAUUCUCAAGACAUAUUGUAUUUCAAGUACUGUAGUGUGUUCACAUGAAGAAAUCAGACGAAUAUAGCACUGAUCUUGCACCGGUCUCAUGGUGUGAAUCUAAACUCGAAAUUCUUCACAAGACAUAAGUGUUGUUUCUACAUAGGUUGUAUAGGAUCUUCUAUUGCACAAUCACCCAGGAGAACAGCAGACUGGAACAGUGGAAUCUUUUUAUUAUUACUUUACACUUAGCUGACGCUUUUAUCCAAAGCGACUUGGUUAUUUUUUUUAAGUUCAGGGUAGUAUUCGUAUUUCCUGAAAUUUAGGCUGUAAAAUGAAACCCGUUUUUGUUUCAUCUCGCUCCGACCUCUGGAAACUACGCAAUCUUAAGUUUAUAAAAAAGAUUUAAGCUUUAAACUAAAUGCUUGCCUUGCAAAGUCACGCCCAUUUUAUUUAAAGCUAUUUUCUUUAGAGAGUAAUAACAGUAUGAUAUCACAUUCCUUUGUGCCCACUACACUUCACGUGGAAAGCAUACCGUAUGCACAAAAAGGACAAGUUUGGUGCAAAAUGAAAACAGGCAUGUUAAAAGUCCUGCUGUGGUGCAUGGAAUCAAUGCCCCAUACCACAAUAGGUCUAUUUGCUCGUGGGGACCCUGGUUUGAGUCCAGCCUGGGUCAUUUUCCAACCAUACCCAAUCUCUCUCGCACACUCUAAUAAUCGUCACUUUCCUAUAGUCACAAAAGCCCCGACAAAAUACUUUUUAAUUCAUAUCAUGUCAAGUUUGUAUGUUUAGUGAGGAUUGUCCGUGGGGCCAGCCUGUUGCAUUUCACAGUUGACCAUUUUUAACAUUGGUCAAAUUUGGUCCAAAACACUGGAAUUUCUAGUGUUAUGGGUGAAAUGCAAAAAUAAGACCGGUACAAAAGUACCAGUAAUAUUGUACCAUGUCCUAGAUCCUAAUGGCUACCUCAAGCAUUGUUUUCUCUGUUUGUAGUACCGGUACAUGUAAGUUUUGUUUCAGGAAGUUCAGCAAAUGACCGUUGUGGCACACAAAGACAAAAAAAAAAACCUUUUAAUGCCAUUUGUCCAGUUGCAGCCUAGGCAAUGCAUCCAAAUUGUAACACUAUUAGGUAAUCAACCUUCAAGAGUAAAUUGAUUUCUUUCCAGACAUCUGAACUGCCACUUUUCAUGAGGUCACUUUUCCCCCCAUCAUAUACAUUCAUAUAUUCUCAAUACACUGAAGGUCAUUUUAGUAAUGUUUAUAAAAAAGCUAUUUAAAACUUUCAAGGGUUAAACAGAUUAGUUGUGCUGGAUUAGAUGGACUGCUGUGUGUCACAGCUGUUGCACUUGCAGGGUGGUUGAGUGGCAAGCGUGACUGGUUGAAAUAAAGGUUUAGUAUAAUUCUGAUGUUAUUUGGUUCGUUAAGAUAGGAGCAGCUUCAUUAGUUGGCCUUAAUUUUGAACUACCGUAAACUACUUUCUUUGUCAUAGCUAUAGGUUUUGUCACACAAGCAGUUAAGAGGGUAGUUGGGCCUUAACAUGACAUUGUAAUGUGUUACAUAUUAAUGCAGUAUUUUGCUUCAGCUAUGUGGAAGACAGCACUUUAUGCGACAAGUUACCUUCUGAGUGUCUGGUGCAUUUGUUUGUUUUGGGGUUGUUUUGUUGUUUUGGUCUUUUUCUACUUGAAUUUCGUCUGCCCUCUAUAACAGAAGACAUCGUUAUGAUGCGCCACUCUUAAAUUUUAAGAAGUAAGAUUAUGUGUAUACCAAAAUAAAACGUGUUAAUCAUUAUAAUGAUUAUUAUAAUGUAGUAUUAUUCAAGUGAAUAAUUGGUUGGGAUGGGUUGGGAGGGUGUUCCACUCAAAAAAUUCAAUAAGUUUGUUCUGACACAUUAUUUAUGUUGUUACAUAGAAUUCUACACCAUAAACGUCACAUUCCUUUGGCAGAUCUUUCCACUCUAUGCAAGUCUUCCUUCAAAUAUGAACUUACUCAACUUACCUCUUAAGGUGAAGUUAUUGAGAUAUUUUCUGUAACUUUAAAAUGGCAGCGACAGGCCCCCUCUCCUACGUGAGGCACUCUGAUUGCAUAUUUUGAUGAGUGACUAUUCCAAGUCUUCAGUGUAUAUUCAAGGUGUGUGUGUGUGUUCAAGAAAGAAUGUGAAGUGAAUACGAAUGGGGUGUCCUCGAGUAUCGCCAGUAGAAGGCGAGCUGUAGAAAAGUGAAAGUGUCUAAACUAUGUUUUCCUCUCUAAUCUUCCCUUUCCCGACUUCCGCCAUCUUGGUAUAGGCAUGAAUGGCCAUCCGGGUACUUUGCCCGUAAAUGUGCGUUACGCCCCUUUUUGGGGGAAAACAAACCGAAUGUCUCAUUAACUUACAUGCUACAUCGGCUUGUCUAAAUGAACGCAGUCCAUCCUUCAGCCACGGCUGUUUGGCUCUAUUAUUUGAACAGCCGGCAACACAACACGUUUUCAGCAUGUUGCGCGUGAACAACGCUAGUUGUCCGUAUCUUUCGUUUAUUAAACCCCAACAUCACCAAUUGACUUGCAUGGGUUGUUUUCCCCCACAAAUGGGCGUAACACACAUGGAAAACGUCACGCAAGGGGACGCCACCGCUUGUAGUUGGUGAACGUAGCCAGGUGACGAAAGGCAGGUUGCAUCUUCCCCCGGCUGAGUGUGGUGAUUAGAAAACUGUACUGUUUUUCAGAAAAACAAACCUUUUACCUCCUGAACCUGGGUUAACCAAUAUUUAUUAUAUAAUGGAAUGUCUAAUUGGUCUGAAAUGCAGUGUACAUUGUUGGGUAACCUGCCUUCGGGCGUCUCAAAUCUAUGCCAAGAACAGUAUUUGUUUCAGGCAAUCGUAUAGCUGGCCUGGUUGAACCAGCCCUUUUGUACCUUUCUGUCAUCUGUCUGGCUGCAGUUUAGGGCUGUAAAUCAUAGCCUCCAUGGCCGUACGAUAUCGCUAUCGAUUUCUUAAGUCAGCGAUUCGAUUAUUUUCGAUACUUAAGAAUGCCCUACGAUUCGAUUCGAUUUUUUUUCCAAUUACUUUUCCACUUCUAUUAUGUUAUGAAGCUAGGGCAUUGGGCAGGGGCCAGCGAUUCGAUUAUUUUCGAUACUUAAGAAUGCCCCACGAUACGAUGCCAUUUAGAUUCGAUCGUCGGCCGUACGAUCGAUGCAUCGUUACAUAUCUAUCAUUAUUACACCCCUACUGCAGUUCCAUUCAGAUGCAAAAUAUUGGCUGACCAAUCAGCAGUCCGAGGGAGUGGUUAUGAGUGGUGGUGAUGAUGUUUGUGAGUGAUGGGUGCCAUGCUGAAUUGUAGUUCACAGCUAGACUAACAGUGUAAAUUAAAGCCAAAUGUCAGGCACCGGUUAAGUCAUAUCCAGCUGCCUCGACAAUGUCUACACACAUCCUGCAAGAACGUUUCUCAAUACUUGGUUGUGCUGCUGGAACCCCUGUUUGGAGCCAAGUAGUAUUUCGUAUCAUUUUGUCAACUGAUGAUUUAAAUCUGGUUUAGUUGUGCAGUCAACAUGCAGUUUCAUUAACCGAUUUGGUGGCCAAUACAAGUAGCAGAUUUAGAAUGGUAACAUCUUAAGCCAGGUUACCCAACACUGGCAAUAUAUACAUGUGUAUUCCUUUUAAAGGCAUUUACACAUCAUUGUUGAUUGAUGUGAAAUGUAACAUAUCUUGUGAAAAAAAAAAUAUAGUCAAGCAAUCUAAAUCUUUUUGUUUGUUUGUUUUGCAGUUUUUGUAAAAUAAGCAGCACUUUGUAUGUUAGGGUUAUUAUCUGCCUUUCUAUUUCUAGUUUGUGAGUGGUCCUUUUUGCAGUGUACAUGAUGAUGCUUUUAUGCAUUUAAUACAAUAUCUGAGCAUUUGAUAUCAUGUGCCUGAGAUAUGUAAUAUAAUCAAUGCUUAACAUGUUAAUAAAAUACCAAAUAUGUUGA